AUGAAUCAUGAAAAUGACGAAUUAAAAAAAUUCAAAGGUAGACCUUUAUUCGAAAACGUGCACCGAGUGAAGCAGCCGAGUCUCCUUUCCCACAAAGCCCUUGACAUUGACCUGAAGGGGUUCCUUAACCUGGCCGUCAUAUUAAUAUGUACAGUGAAUUUCAGGCUAAUCGUGGAGCGUAUAAAGAAGCGUGGGUUUGUUAUAAAUGUGCCCCCCAGUAGUGAAGUUUUGAAAAAUUUGCCUCUCCUAGUUUGUUUUGUGUGUCUAAGCGUAAGCCUCCUUUUUAGUUGGUUUAUAGAAAGGCACGUGGCAUGUUGGUUGUUGCGUCAACCGUGUGGUGGUGAUGAGGGGGUUGGAGGGGGGAAGGGCUCUUCUGGGCACUUCCUUAGUGAGGAUAAAAAUAGUAAAAUGAAGGAGUUAACGAAGUGUGAAUUUAUAGAUCAGAUAGGUUUUUCCCGUGGGAGUGACGAAGCGACAAACGAUGGGAGUGUUCAGAGCGGCGGGAAAAGCCCCUCGGGGGUGAGACGUAGAGGUGCAAAAAAGGGCCAAGAGGAGAAUCUUGAGGAGGAAGGAGCAACAGAAGAAGAUGCACCUAGUGGGGAUGCAGGAGGAUACUCAUUUGGUCCGUUUGAGAACACACACAGUUGGAGCGAAAAGUCGAACGGGUGGAAGAAUUUCCAUCUGUCCAUUUUUCUACUAAGGUGUAUAAAUAGCAUUUUCAUCCUUCUGUUACCAUACUUAACGGUGACUCACUACGACGCAGAACCUUUUUUUUCGUCGAUCCUACUGACCAUAUCGAUAGUCUGGUUUUUUAAAAUAUAUUCCUUCCACCAAGUAUGUUACGACACAAGGAAAUUAUACAUCGAUAAGGUGAACCUUGACAAGAUAAAGGACCCUUCCUUUGAAAUACGAUACGUGAAGAAUUACCCUCAUUGUUUGAAACUGAAGGAUUACUUCACCUACAUGCUUAUGCCAACGUUAUGUUUCCAGUACACAUACCCAAGGACAGAGAAAACGAGUUGGUCUCGCGUGGCCAAAUAUUCCAUUGAAGCAAUUCUACUAACAAUAAUUAUAAAAAUUAUUUUAGAGCAGUAUAUUUUUAUAACGAUAGAAAAUACCUUUACGAUGAAGGAAUUCCAGUCAGCACAACUAACCGUUAAGAUCAUUCAUAUAAUAGAACGGAUGUUAAAGAUAUCUAUAGGAACGCUAUACAUUUGGCUCAUUGGUUUUUUAAUCGUAUUUCAUCACUGGUGUAAUAUUUUGGCUGAAAUUACCCGAUUUGACGAUAGGCUUUUUUACAAAGACUGGUGGAAUGCUAGCUCCUUUGCAGAAUAUUGGAGGAAGUGGAACCUACCAAUCCAUUACUUUGUGCACAGACACAUUAACAAGCCGCUCAUUUACUACGGGUUUAACAGAAACUUUUCCAUGAUUGUUGUUUUCUUCAUUUCUGCUUUGCUACACGAGUAUUUAAUUAGCAUUCCUUUGAAGUUGGGUUUUUCUGGAUACGUUUUUUUUUUUUUUAUUGGGCAAAUUCCUCUAAUAUGGCUAACCAACAACAAUUAUUUUAAAAAGCGCAAGACGACUGGAAAUGCCAUUUUUUGGAUUGUCUUUUGUAUCACAGGCCAGCCCCUCAUUGUGUUUAUUUACUACUACUCCUGGGUCAGUCGCAAGGGCAUUCUGCACCGGUGA